AAAAGGCUGAAGCACGCCAAAUCUGGUCGCACCACUUGACUCUUCAAACCCGUUGUCUCGGAUUCAAUUCAUUCAUUCCUUUCUUUUUCCAUAAUUGCUCAUCUCAUCACCCACAGAAAGAUACAAACAUGAUAAAGUAACGAAAAGGUUCAUUCUCUGUCGUUUGGCUCGUCCUAAUUUAAUGCCAAUUCCCGUCUGCUCUGCUUUGCGCUCUCUCUCUCUCUCCCAAUCCAUUGUUGUUACCCGAAUGACUGUAUUCUCUCACCCUUAUAACUGCUUUCUUCUGCAAAUCUGCAACAAACCCUGAUUUGCUUAUCGAGAAAGACAGACCCAGAUUUGAUUUCCACCCAUAACUUCAGUUUUCCAGGCUUCCUGGGAAGUCGAAAUUUUGGGUUCUUUGGGGAUCUGAAUUGGUGUCCGGGACUGGUUGAAACAUGGGCUGCCUUUGUUGAGAUGACUGGGAUCGACGUCUCUUCGUUUUUGCAAGUCAAGAAUCAGACUCGACGGGUUUGAGGUGGAAGGGUCAAAGAGAUGAAGGAUUUUGCUGGGACGCCCGGGACUCUGACCGGCCUUGCUUUGAGGGUGUCGCAGUUUGUUUUUGCAGCUGGGUCAAUUGCUUCCAUGGCGACCACCAACAGCUUCUUUGACUUCACAGCUUUCUGCUACUUGAUUGCUUCGAUGGGUUUGCAAUUAAUCUGGAGCUUCGGCCUCGCAACUUUAGAUGCAUACGCAAUCUUUAAAAGGAAGGUCCUACAUGGUCCCGUGCUUGUAAGCCUCUUUGUGGUGGGAGACUGGGUCACAGCAACGUUAUCUCUCGCCGCAGCUUCUUCCUCAGCUGGCAUCACAGUGUUAUACUUCAAUGACUUCGGCAGUUGCAAUUUCGGGGCUGAAUGCCGAAAAUACCAAAUGGCGGUGGCAUUAGCAUACAUGAGCUGGAUAGCCAUCGGCACGUCGUCUCUGAUCAUGCUUUGGCUAUUGGCUUCAGGUUAGAUACAUUUUUGUUCUUGUAUAGGGUUCCCUGAUACGUUUUCCGUCGCAGAAAGUCGCCUUUGUUCUGUUGACGAAUUUUGAUCUCAUUCUGAUGUCAAAAAGAAACAAAAGAGUACAGCAAUACAAGAUUCAUGAGUUUUUCCA